GGGGGCAGGGUUGCUUUCUGCUAUUGCAAAGGCUGCAUUGUUCUCUUCCAAGGGGAUCUGGUGAGUCUCUUCCUCCUCCCCCCCCCGAGGGUGCAGUGGGGAGAAGGGGGGGUCCCAGGGCUGCAGCAGGGGAGGGUGGCUCAUGUGUGUGGGGGGAGCCCCAGGGAGCAGGGGGUCCUGCCAGGGAGGGGCGAGGUCGCAGGAACUGUGUCUUUCCUUUAGAUCUUUGUGGGGGUGGGAGGGGAGGAGGUUCCCGCCCCCCUUCCAGAAAAAAAAUUAUUCAGAGCCCCCUGGAAAAUCUAGCAGAUAGAAAUCUAGCUUUUUAAAAUAACCUUAUCAGUAGGACUUCUGCUGUGUGUGACACGGGUCAGCGUCAUUGCACAACAGAGGAAACAUGUAUGAAUGGUUGCUCCCAAACCUCUUCGUUCGUUUCCCUCCUUUCUUUCUGCUUCUACCGCCCCCUUAUUGGCAGAGGAGGCCAGCCAAGCAGAUCAAGCCAAGCUUUAUGAGGAGCUGGGUAUGUUUAGUUGGAGAAGAGGAGACAGAGAGGAGAUUGGAGAGCCAUCUCACCUGGGUGGAGGAUUCCAACCAAUGGCUUCAAGCUACAAGAAAGGAGAUUCGGACUCAACACACCUAGUCAUUUUUCACGAGGCACCAAUGACUCCCUUGUCAAUCAGUUCUGACUUCAUGCAUUGACUGGAAGGAAGGAGCAACCAGGAUGAGUCCCCUCGCAUUAAUCUCUUCGCUUGCCUCCAGAAUUCCACAAUCUCCCUUCUAGAGGCCUACAUCAUCUCCUCCUCCUCCUCCUCCUCCUCCUUUUUAGAAAGAUCGCUCAGAGUCUUGGCUGUGGUGCAGUCCUACCCUGGUUCCCAGCAAGACUCAUCCAUGCUUGCUCAGGGAACCUUUUUCUUCUCCUGAUAUUGUACAGCUUUUGUAACAGAACAAUGUAUUUGCUUUGUAGGAUUUGCUAGAGCUUUUCAUUCAGACAGACAGAACUUGGCAGAAGACCAAAAGGUUCCUUCCGAUCUCUCAGAGGCUUCCUGAGAGCACAGAUGGAUGAGCGAGACACAGCUGGCCCUAGAGCAGGAAGAGGCCAUGUCAUCCAAACUGGUAGCAGUGGGGGAUUCUGGGAAAACUCUGUGCAGAAGAUUCUGGGUGAGGUGAAUACCCACCGCUCAGAGGUGCAGAGCCAGCAGGUGAGGCAGUUCUGCUGCCAGGAGGCCAAAGGACCCCGAGAGGUUUGCAGCCGACUCUACCACCUUUGCCACCAAUGGCUGAAGCCGGAAAGGCACACGAAAGCUGAGAUGCUGGACCUGGUGAUCUUGGAGCAGUUCCUGGCUGUCCUUCCACCAGAGAUGGAGAGCUGGGUGAGGGAAUGUGGAGCGGAGACCAGUUCCCAGGCGGUGGCCCUGGCUGAAGGUUUCCUCCUGAGUCAGGCAGAGGAGAGAAAGCAGGCAGAGAGAAAGCAGGUGAGAGAGACUUUCCUCUGGAUACUCCCAAGGGGCUCCAAGGGAAUCCAAAAAUGGUCUGCUGAUGGCCCAUCCUUUUUCUGGGAAUGAGAUCUAACAUCCUUAAAGUUUCUGUCUUUAUCGUUCUCUUUCUUAUAUUUCUCACCAUUCAUUUACUGUUUUGAAUCCUUGUUGUUCUUUCAGAAAAGGGAUCAUUUUGGAGAAAUGGACCUGGAUUCCUGUGAGGCAGAUGAAAGAAUGAAGCCAACAAGACCUCCAUAUUUAUCUUUUCAUGGGGGCAGAAGGGAAGCAGUGGCUGUGGAACCAGCUCAGGUCAGGGGAAGCUGCCUUGUGGGGACAGAGGCCAAGGGAUGAAGCAAUGUCACGGACUGGUUGGGCACAGAGGUAUGGUGGGAGGAAGCAGCUGGGGAAGCAGGAAGGGAAGACGGCUCAGAGCCGAAGGAGUGGAGGUGUAGGAAGGAUGAGCGGUCAGAGAGAGAAGAGGGAGAAGCCUGGGAAGAGGAGGUGUCAGAAACUGAAAUGGUAACAGGGCUCAGUGAGCUGGGAGACUCUGUGGCAGAAUGCAGUGCAGAAUCAGAGGCAGAAGAGGGAGGAGGCGAGUGGGAGGAGGAAGGUCGAGAGGCAGAGGUGAGUCAGGAGAAGGAGGAGCCACCGGGGGCUCCCUCUCCUUCUGCCAGAAGCCACCCUCCCUGCUUGUCUCUCAGAGCCAGCAGAUGGCUUACAAUGGAGGAGCAAAGUCAGGCUGCACUCUGGUGCACUGUUCAAUCGCUUGCCAGAAACCCCAGAGAGGAGGGGACUUGGAAAGCUGUGAGAAGCCGGGCCCUUCACUCUCGGCAACUGAUUUAGUUGAGGAAGACGCUUAGGGAAUGAGUUGCUGUUCUCAUGAGGCCUGAAACUCAGCCAAAUCUGUGAACAUCGUGCUCUUGCUGAUAAAGAGUAAACUCCAGCUGUGAAGUGUGGGAUUUCCUGCCCAGAUAACUCUGUCAUACCAGCCUUCUGAAUAUCACCAGUAGGAUUCAUCUGUAGUUGCAGUUUCCAUGGAAUCCUAGAGUUGAAAGGGACCCAAAGGGUCAUCAAGUCCAACCCCCUGCACUGCAGGAGUCUCAGCUAGAUAAUCCAAGACAGAUGGCCAUCCAAACUAGGCUUCUUGUAUUUCUAUAUUCAUCCCUGAAUGCUAAAAUAGGCUUCUAAGCAGUGGACAGACGAGAACAAAUAGUGGCCAAGAUUCACCUAGCCAGCCCUAUCCGCUGCAAAAUGGGGCCUGCCCCCCAUUCCUCCCCCUCUCCAUGCCCCCAUGAACCCCUUGAAUUUGGCUUUAGGGCUUUGGGAGGGAACCUCCCCAGAACAACUCAGGAGGAGAGGAGAAAGUGGAUCCUUCCAUCAGGGAAACUGGAUUGCUUGCGUAGACAGAAUGACUUGAAAACCACAAGGUGGAGUACCAACUAUUUGCACAAAGACGAAUACCCAUAGUUAAAAUGCAGAAUAAAAGAAUUCAAUUAAAGCGUUAAAAUACGUGCCCAUAAUUAAAACGUGCAGCAAAGCAAUCCUAUUGAAAUAACACAGCAUAAUAAGAGGAAAAACAGGAAGGAAAUAACAGCAUUGUGUAGCAGAUCAUAUUUCUGUUGUCUCAGAGGAGGAAAUUUCCCUUUUUUCUUUUAGGGUCCAGUGUGCUUUGAAGAUGUCGCUGUUAAUUUCACGGACGAGGAGUGGGAGUUGCUGGAUCCUGACCAGAGAGCUGUGCAUAAGGACGUCAUGGAGGAGAAUCGUGGGAUUGUGUGCUCUCUUGGUAAGCCUCCCUGUGCGAUCGUCAUAUCUGCCAGGAAAUUAAAAAAAUACCUCUUUGUGACAAACCUCAUAUAUUUUCACAGCGCCCCCUACGACACCUGGGAACCUAACACCCCCACAUGAAAUAGUAAAUUACAGUUUUUUCUGUGAACAAUCUUCCUCCAGUUCUGCCUCCUUCUACCACAGUUGGGCUGGUCUGAACUGCCCAGGCAUCUUAAAUGUCAGCUUCAGAAUUGUUAGAAAAGAUAAGUAGCUUCUGUCAGGAUUUCUGCUUUUCUUUUUGCUGCUGUCAGUCUUGGGUUGACCAAAGAGAGAGAUGGCAUUAGAGAUGUAGGGGAUGCCAUGACUGGGCCAAACAACAUCUGCCCCAGAGAAGAGCUAGGCUGAUUUAAUCUCAGGUAGUACUAGUAGUGAUAGUAAUAGCAAUAAUUAUACCCUGACCAUCUGGCUGGGUUGCUCCAGCCAAUCUGGGAAGCUUCCAACACAUAUACAGUGGUACCUCUGGUUUCAAAUAGGGUCCGUUCCGGAGGUCCAGACAGAUUUUCGCAACCUGAGGAUCACUGUUCUGCGCAUGCACAUGGAUUUGCCGCUUUCAUAAGCUGAAGUUUACAUAACCAGAGGGUUACGUAACCUGAGGUGCUACGGUAUAAACAUGAAACAGUAAUAAUAACAACAAUAUAAUCUAAUGUAAAAAGUACAAAAAAAUUAAAAUGAGUAACUUACUUCAAACAAAGCAACAUUCAACCAUCGAUUAGAAUCCAAUAAUAAAUACAUUGGUUUAUUACAAAUAACAAAGGUAAUGAACACUGCCUUCUCUACAACAAAUUUAAUGAGUAUUAUUCCCUAACUGGGGGCUCCAUUUGUUCCUGAGGCUGUGAUCCCUUUUUCUCUCCAUUGCAGAUUGUGAUGAAUUGGAAAGGAAGAACAAAGGAGACCACAACACAAUCUGCAGAGUGGAGAAGGCACGUAAAUAUUUGGAGUGUGGAAAGAGCUGGAGUCAGAGCUCCCAUUCCACUUCCCAUCAACGAAAUUUCUUUGGAAAGAAACCCUAUCGGUGCUUGGAAUGUGGAAAGAGCUUCAGUCAGAGCUCCUCUCUCAUUUCCCAUCAAAGAAUUCAUACAGGGGAGAAACCCUAUCAGUGUGUGGAAUGUGGAAAGAGCUUCAGUAGCAGCUCCUCUCACACUAGGCAUCAGAGAAUUCAUACAGGGGAGAAACCCUAUCAGUGCAUUGAAUGUGGAAAGAGGUUCAGUAGCAGCUCCGAUCUCACUUCCCAUCGAAGAAUUCAUACAGGAGAGAAACCCUAUCAGUGUGUGGAAUGUGGAAAGAGCUUCAGUAGAAGCCCUGAUCUCACUAAACAUCAAAGAAUUCAUUCAGGGGAGAAACCCUAUCAGUGUGUGGAAUGUGGAAAGAGCUUCAGUAGCAGUUCCGAUCUCACUAAACAUCAAAGAAUUCAUACAGGGGAGAAACCCUAUCAGUGUGUGGAAUGUGGAAAGAGCUUCACUGAUAGCUCCCAUCGCACUUCCCAUCAAAGAAUUCAUACAGGGGAGAAACCAUAUCAGUGUGUGGAAUGUGGAAAGUGCUUCGCUCAUAUUUCCAAACUCACUUCCCAUCAAAGAAUUCACACAGGGGAGAAACCAUAUAAAUGCUUUGAAUGUGGAAAGAACUUUAGUAAGAGCUGUAAUCUCACUUCCCAUCAAAGAAUUCAUACAGGGGAGAAUCACGGAAUUGUAGAAUUGUGGAGCUGGAAGUGAACCCUGGUGCAAUCUAUUCAACCCCAUGUGAUGCAGGCAUAGCAAGUAAAGCAUCAAUGACAGAUGACCAUCCUAAUUCACUUGAAAACCUGAAAGGAUGGAAAUUCCAGCACUCCCAAGGGAGUAUAAUCCACUAACAGCUCUUGCUGUCAAAAAGUUCUUCCACAUGAUUAGUCAGUCUUGUUUUUAAAAAAAAAACAAAAAAAAAACCUUGAAGCCAUUGGUAUGGGUCCUACCCUGUGGAGUAGGAAAAAACGAGCUAGAAACGAUACAAAAAAGAAAAAUCUUUCCUUCCCCAGAAUUUAAAUAAUUAUCAAAAAAUCAGGAAGCAUUCCUUGACUUCCUAUCCUCUCUUUCCAUGGUUCCUUUUAGCUCCCAUUUGUUUAUUCCGAUGUUCUGAAAUGCCUCUCAAACGUAGUGUUGUGUCGUUUUGUUUUAAUUCCAGAAGUGCAAUAUUAUUGAUUAUAUCCUUCUGAAGAAUUCAUACAGGAGAGAAACCUUAUCAGUGCUUGGAAUGUGGAAAGAGCUUCAGGAAGAGCUCCGAUCUCACUAGGCACCAGAGAAUUCAUACAGGGGAGAAACCCUAUCAGUGCAUGGAAUGUGGAAAGAGCUUCAUUCAGAGCUCCUCUCUCACUUCCCAUCAAAGAAUUCAUACAGGGGAGAAACCCUAUCAGUGCGUGGAAUGUGGAAAGAGCUUCAGUACAAGCUCUGAUCUCACUAAACAUCAAAGAAUUCAUACAGGGGAGAAACCCUGUCAGUGCAUGGAAUGUGGAAAGAGCUUCAAUCACAGCCACAGCCUCACUUCCCAUCAAAGAAUUCAUACAGGGGAGAAACCAUAUAAUUGCUUUGAAUGUGGAAAGAGCUUUAGUAAGAGCUGUAAUCUCACUUCCCAUCAAAGAAUUCAUACAGGAGAGAUACCCUAUCAGUGCGUGGAAUGUGGAAAGAGUUUCACCCAGAGAGCUCAUCUGAAUACCCGUCAAAGAAUUUAUAGAGGGGAGAAACAAUAUAAAUGCUUUGAAUGUGGAAAGUGCUUCAGGAAGAGCUGCUCUCUCACAUCUCAUCAAAGAAUUCACACAGGGGAGAAACCCUAUCAGUGUGUGGAAUGUGGGAAGAGCUUCACUCAUAACUCCUCUCUCACUUCCCAUCAAAGAAUUCAUAUAGGGGAGAAUCACGGAAUUGUAGAAUUGUGGAGCUGGAAGUGAACCCUGGUGCAAUCUUUUCCACCCCAUGUGAUGCAGGCAUAGCAAGUGAAGCAUCCAUGAAAGAUGACCAUCCAACUUCACUUGAAAACCUCAAUGGAUGGAAAUUCCAGCACUUCCAAGGGAGUCCUAUCCACUAACAGUUCUUGCUGUCAAAAAGUUCUUCCACAUGUUUAGUCAGUCUUGUUUUUUUAAAAAACAAAACAAAACUUCAAUCCAUUUGUUUGUGUCCUACUCUGUGGAGCAGGCAAAACGAGCUAAAAACUAUAC